AAUACACUUUAAAUACCUUGGAAUCAAGAAGUAAAUAUUGGGCAGGGUCAGAACUCGUUUUCUGCGGAAGGGAUUGUCUUACGAAAUGUUCUACAAUAUUGUUGGGUUUAAAUACGCAACCUCAUUAUUGAGUUCGGAAACCGUUUCCUUACUGUAGGGAAAAACGUGCUGCUCACAAAAUGUGACGUAUGUGCUAAUGUCCAAAUGGGAUGUUUAUUUUUGUGCUCGGUCGGCUUUUCAAGAUCAGAGAAACUUCGCCAUGGUACGCCUGAACCUAAAGAUAGCCUUGAUUGCCAUGUGCGUGGCUGCGACAAUAGUCACUCUCUCCAUGUGGACGCAGUGCGGGGAAGUGGUGAUUGCGAAAACGAGAAAUCUGCCGGAGUGGGGUGCCAAGAAGGCGCCGAACAGCCAGGACUCCGUGGAUGGCGACGUGUUCGUCCGUGGGGCCAACGACGCGCAAGGAUACGAGGAGAUAGAGUGCCACAUCAAUGGGGAGUUUAGCAUCGGUUGUCGCAAGGAGGGGAACGAGAUAUACUUGCCGUUCUCGUUCCUUCACAAAUACUUUGAGGUCUACGGGAAGCUGGCGACGUACGAUGGCUACGAAAGGUUCGAGUGGUCCCACAGCUACUCGAAGGUCUACUACCCCAAAGGGAAGUACGACCCUCGCGGUGUUUUCAUGUACUUCGAGAACUACAACGUGGAAGUACGGGACAGGGUCAAGUGUGUCAGCGCCAUAGAAGGAGUGCCGGUGUCGACCCAGUGGGAGAGCCAGGGGUACUUCUACCCCACGCAGAUCGCCCAGUUCGGCCUGUCGCACUACAGCAAGAACCUGACCGAGCCGGAGCCCCGCAGGAAGCUGUUCGAGGACGGCGACCGGGAGCUGGCCACCUGGGAGAUCCCGUCGGGGGCGACCUUCGCGCGAGUCCCGGACCCCGCCGGCGGCAGCCUCGUGGUCCGGUACACCAGUCCCGACUCGCUGUCCAGCGGGGUACUGGUGAAGCUGGACCACGUGCUGGACUUUGUGCUGAGCCUGAACCUCCAGCUGAGCGGCAACAGCAGCUUCACCGUGAUCCUGCACGGCCGGGAGAAGCGGGAGGUCUUCCAGCUGCACUACCUCUGCUCCGACCUGCUCAUCUCUGCGCAGGACCAGCACAUCUACCACGGCAUCGGCCAUUACACCGGAUGGCGGAAGCUGACGCGAGACCUUAUCGUGGACCUGCAGAAGGGGUUGGCCUAUCAGAACAACCCCAAGAGGAAGCUCUCAAGGUCAAAAUUUAAGGUGGCGGCCGUGGUGUUCCGGGGCGCCGGCAGCCUGGACAACCUGACGCUGUCCUCGAGCGAGCACCUGGACCAGUUCUACGACGCGGCGCGCUGGUUCGUGCGGCACCAGGACCCGGGCACGGGCGGCUGGGCCAACCCCGUGAGGCGGCGCGUGGCGCCCGGCAUGGCUGACCUCGAGCCCGGCUGGUACUCCGCCAUGGGCCAAGGCCACGCAAUCUCGGUGCUGGCCCGGGCCUACUUCCACUCCGGGGGCGAGCGGCGGUACCUGGAGGCGGCCCUGGCCGGCCUGAAGCCCUUCCAGGUGCCCAGCUCGCGGGGCGGGGUGCUCGCCUCCUUCCUGGACCGCUUCCCGUGGUACGAGGAGUACCCCACCGCGCCGGCCUCCUUCGUGCUCAACGGCUUCGUGUACUCCCUGCUGGGGCUGCUCGACCUGUCUUCCGUCGCGCCGCCGGGUAAGGGCCGCGAGGAGGCGGCGGCCCUGUUCGACCGGGGCGUCGCCUCGCUCAAGCGCUUGCUGCCCCUGUUCGACACGGGCUCGGGCACGACCUACGACCUGCGCCACCUGGCGCUGGGCACCGCGCCCAACCUCGCCCGCUGGGACUACCACGCCACCCACGUCAACCAGCUGCUGCUGCUGGCGACGGUGGAUGCCGACCCGCUGAUCGCGGCCACCGCCGAGCGCUGGAUCGGCUACAUGAGCGGCAAGAGGGCGGCCCACAACUGAGGCGACACCCCGACCCCGCCUCGCUUGCUCCGUCGCAGUGGUUCCCCCCGGGCUAUGUAAAUGAUGCUUGGAAAUGCUUCAUGAAGAUUUGAAAGCAGUGGCUGUGACAAGAAUUUCAGUGGAAAUCCAAGGGGAGCAUCAAACUCAUCUCGGAAUGAUUUGGUUGGUUCCCCACCACUUUGCUCGGUGGAUCUGAGCUGACCGUUGAAUCUGUGAGUUGUGAUGUAUCUUGCCAGCUGAACCUCCAUUGUAAAAAAAAAAAAAAAAAAAUUUACAUUCAGUUUGCCAAGCCGAAUGAUGUGAACAAUCAUUGUUGAUCUGAUCUUAAUCAUUGCACUGCCUGUGUACAUUGUAUAAUUAAUUAAGCACUUUGUCGUAUUUUAUACGUACACACCUAACUGAUGUAUUUGUAUGGUAGCCGUGUGGUGUGUGGAGAGAACCACGUCCUUCAUAUUGUGCUUUAAAAUGUUUUUUCAAUGUUUGUCCUUCAAUUUAGUCUGUCCAGAAAAGUACAUCAUUACUCUGAUAUGACACUCACGUUAUUUUGUUUUUCGUAUUUUGGAAACGAUAGGGAGUAGAUUUGUUUUGGUCACAUUAGUCAUAAUGUGAGCUGUAAUUUGGGAUGUUGGUGUCUGGAAUUAUUUUUUUGUGCGUAUUAAAGCUUGAGUGCUUCAUCCCGUACGACUGGAAUAAGUGCAAUUUUAAGACAAGUUCUUGCUAGUUAGUAUUUCACUGUGCUGGCAAUUUUCGUCAGCUGUUUAAUCACACAUUGUAGUUUUGAUAGUGUCUUAUUCAGUGUAGUACCUGUCAGUUUUGAAGCAAAGUGGAGAAUAAUGUGUUAUGGGAAGAGGCAGCUAUUAUUUGUGAUUGUGUAUAUAUUUGAUAAAUUUAUUUAACCUAUUGUGCAGGAUGUACUGUCGACUAAUUAAUAAUUUUGAAGUUUGGGUUCACCCGUCACCAUAGUGGUUUAAUGCAUUUUCAUUUCGUCAUUUCUAAGAAAAUACAAGCAUUUAAUUUAUUAUUAAUAUUUUCAAAUUUCACUGCCUCAUACGCUCUUGUGCUAUAUGCUAUUUGUAAAAAAUUCAGCGAAAUAAUCAUAAUCAAAGUUUUUUUCUUACUGAUUGUAUUAGGAUCACAAACUAGAAAUCAUUUUCUGAGUUUACAGAGCUGUGAAAUGCCAAUAAAUGUUAUUUCUUAAACCCAUAUUUGAAAUAUUUCUUCAUGAAUAUUGGAAAUCUGAUAAAAAAAAAUAAUUGUAAUUGACGGGGGGAGCAGAACCUUAACUACCAAGUGUCAUAGUCGACCGUGUUAUUGCCAAUCAUCUGUCCUGCCCUACUAGGUCAGUUCACUCGCACAUGGUGCUGUUGAAAAGUAGCAGUUUCUGGUUUGCCAUAUGUACUUUAUAAUUAAAACAGUUAAGGAUUUUUUAAUGGGUGUGUGUGGGGGCAGGGGGAAAGAGAGUGUGGUCAUAUUAAGUAUGUGUGUGUAUGUAGUAAAUUUUCAAACUCACAUUUUGCUACUGGGAAAAAAUGUUUUCCUAUGUUUAGGGACAAGAUUACAUGGUGAAUUGUGAUAAAACCGAAAUAACACAGGAAAGCGUAUCAAAACAACUGCAUUUAACUGAAAUGCAAAUUGAUACACCGUAUAGCCCCUGAAGUGCAAGGUAGAUCAUGGAGUUAAGUACCAUUUAAUCAAAACUUAAUUCCAAUCAUUAAGAAAGUACAUCUGUUAAUGUGUGAAAUUCAAGGAAUGUCAUUCCAGACAGAAAAAAAAAUAUAUUACCAAAGUUCAUGAUUAAGAAAAAAAUUAAUUUAAUUUGUUUUAUUGUGCAUCUCUUUCUGAAUCGCUUUUAAACCACAAAUGCUCGCUUAUUUUUUUUAGUGUUCAUUUUUAGACCAAUUUAUUACAAAUUAUUUUAUCCUAAAAAUGCAAUAAAUAAAUUUGAUCACUAUUUUGGUGGAGUAAAUAUUACAAAACUUCUUUUAUAUAUUAAAAAAACACAGAAAUCUUCUUUUUGAAAACGAAAUUGGACUAAAUAUAAGAUCAUAAAAUCUUGUCUCUACCUAUGUAGUAUGGUGGGUCUAAUGUAAUGUUGGUUCUGACUGCUAUCAAACAGCACUUGUGCCAUUUAUUAUCCUGUUGAAUUUUGACUUUUAUCUUUUUCUUCUUUUUUUUUCCUUCUCCAGUGUACAUGGACACACACAUUAUUUCAAAAAACUGAACACCAGUUAAACUUUAUUCAUUAGCUAAUUUCAUUUUAAUCCUCAUCUCUUCUGCAGUAUCACUAACGUCGUAUUGCCAGUGUGUGUGACAGUAGCAAAACUAGGUUCAUCAUGAAAAGAAAUUGGUAUGUGAUAAUCAAACUAUUUUGGUGUGAAAGCCGUUGCAUUAUAAGCAGUGUGUACAGCAGUGUGUACAGUGAGUGUGUAACGUACGAAGACUUUGUUGUGAACUAUUGGAGCUACCCAGUUUAUUCGAGGAAAAAAAACUAAAUAUCUUAUUCUAUAUUUGUUGUUGGUAGUGCUAAAGUCAGCUGUUGCACAUAUGUAGGUUUAGCUGUCAUUUUAUGUAGGUUCUGUAAUGCCUUGCCCUGAAGGUAUGUACUGGUAGUGUUCCUGCUACUGUAUUAAACUUUCAGUAAGUAACUUGUAAGGGAUUAAGAUAUAUUUUAGGAUGGUGUAUUGUCAAAAUUAAUUUUUUUUUCUCUGAAAAUCUGAUGCUAGAUGUGAUUUAUGUAUCCCAUUUAGUCAUAAGCAUGAUCGAUGCAAAAAGAUAAUCAUACAUUGAUACUUAAAGAAAUCAAUUUCCUUCUUCUCCCAACUGCAAUAUAAUUAAUCUUCACUAUAUUGCACGGAAAAUAUUAAUUUCUUGUGGGGCUGAAUGUGCAAUCACUGAAUGCAAGAUUAGCUUGCAUGCACAGAAAUGAUGAAAAUAACAUUUAAAAAAAAGUAACGUUAAGCAUCAAGGAGUGAUUUGUCUCGUUACAAAUCAGGAUGGAUUGAACUAGCUUCUCGCACGGACAUUGCAAAACAAAAAGGUAUCCAAAAUUCGGUUCAUUGAUGUGUAUUGUAAAAGUAAAAAAAUAUAUAUAUAUUCUUGAAUUUUCAAUGAACUGGUAGUAACAAAAUAUUUAAAUGAUCCUACUUCAUCUGCCAUCACUUAUUCUCAUUCUCUAGUAUUUAAAAUUUUAGAUUGAAGGGAUUUUGGUUUGUUAUCCAUUUUCUUGGAGACCAUGUUGUUUAAAGUUGGGAAUAUUCUGUACAAACACUGUAACGUAAGUUUCGAAUGUAGACAUUGUUUACAUGUGUGUUGUUCUAGUGGUAAUUAUGUCGGACGUACUUCCCGUGUUAUCAUUUUUUUUAUACUACUUGUAGGGUUAUAGACGUGUUAGAGAGAGAAGACAAUUAGGAUGAUGGGUAUAGAUAAGACUGGUAUUAAGUGCACUUUAAGGCUAUCUUUAUACACAUUAUGAAAUCUGUUCGUAUAAAGCAACGUCAUUACAUCUUCCUGUGAUUUCCUCUUGGCUCCAAAGUAUGGCGUGUUGGUACCUCGCUCGUUUUUCAAGGCAGUUGAGUGGCAGUAGCAACCACGUGCUUUUAUGCCUCUUACUCUUAUUGUUGCUACGUUCUAUCUUCAGCCGGCCUGAAGAAACGAAGAAAGAUCAGGGUUGGAGCAGCUGUGGAGUAAUGGAAACACCCUGAGAAAAACCCACCAGCUCGUUUCUCACCACAUCCUUAAUUAUUACCCUCAUGCAAUCAGAAUUUUCUUAACGCUCAAAAAUUGUAGCCCUCUUAGCAAAAAAUUUUCACUUCAGAAAAGUAAGACUUGAAAUAUUACAGUUCUUGUGAAACCAAUAGUUUCUUACAUUUUCUUGGAAAACAAUUUUUUUCUGAUAUAUUCUUCUUUUCAGCCUUACAAAUGACUUAUACCUCUUCAAGUUUAUUAUUAGUGAAAAUAUUAUUUUAUCUGGUUAUAGAACUUCUAUAAUUCUUUCUAAUUCACAACAGGAAUUGACUUCCAGCUAUUACUAGUCUUAGAAUUCAACUAACUUUUUAAAAUAAUAUGUUCUGUUGUGUUCUUAUUUCGUUUUCCAAACAAACAUACAAAGUUUUUUUAGAAAUCACUUCAGUUUUAGCAUUCAUAACACCAAAGAUUAUUUUAACACAAUAUCAAUUUUGCUGUUUGUUUGAUAUCCCAAAAACUAUGAACAAUUUUUAGAUAUAAAAACAUGUAGAUAGGAAAUUAAACUGAAUAAUAUAAUGACAUUAGUAUCCAUAGACACAUAUUGCCCGUUUAAAUUAUCUUACAUUUUAUAUAUGACUAAAAGCUCACAAAUGCUAUCCUCUACAUCGUUAUAAAAUAAAUCCUGUAAAGGAAAAGAUGUACUAAUGUGAUGACUUGAUUUGAAACCAUGCAGCGUACACUCUGUACAUUUCACAGACUUAUCAUGUUGCUACCAUUACGUCAACUUGUAAGCUAUGGUAGUAGUUACCCAGUUUUUGGUACUUGAGAUAUUGAAAAUCGUAACGACAAUACUUUUUCUCACAUCAUCAUACAUUUUGGCAAUAGUUUGUGUCACCAGCACUAUUUUGUUUCCCGUUCUGUAAAUAGGUGCACAGAUAGUACAGUAUUUUUGCACUAAUUGCUGGGAGUGUUGAAUGAUAAGUGUUGUGGCCAUCCCAUAGGAAAUGCAAGUGUCGUUCAUGGUCUGUGUGUGUGAUAUUCUCUCUUCACAGCUGGGUUUGAAUGAAUAUAUUGGUUAAAGCAUUGUCAUAUUUUUUUCCCUCCUUUUUGGAACUGAUAGCAAUUUGGGUAGGUGGCAGCAAUUCUAAGAUAAGUUCAUGUAGGUACUAGCGAUAUAUAUAAUGAUGUCUUUGUUCCCCUUGUAAUGCUUUUAUUCAUGUAUAUUAUUUAACAAAAUUUAGCUUAGUAAUUUUUGCUAAUUUAAUUUUUGCAUGUGUUAUUGCCAAGGUACUAAGUCAUUUGAUCCUCUUUACAGAAAUAUGGUUCUACCAUGUAUAUAUAUUUUUUUAUCUGAGGUGUAUUGAAGGUAUUUUGAGUUAAGUUAAAUCUUGCGUACGUAGUCUUUGUGCUAUGUGGUUUUGCGGAGUCAGUUUGUGUUGUGAUCUACCGUUAUGUAUCUUUUUGUGGGUGUUUUAGAUGUUAAGAAAAUUUUUGCUUAUUUUGUAUAUAUUUACAUUCAUAAUAUUUCUUAUGUAUGUAGUUUAAAAAAAAAUUAAUGGAACUAUACUUAGGAACAGAACUUUAUGUUAUAUGUACUAUAAAUUUCCUUAGUCUGUGAUCUUUGUUGAAACUAAAGGUGGGAUAUUUAAUAACUAUGUAUGUGAUUCUCAGAUGGUUAUUGUAAGCUAUUUUAUGUAUUGUAUUGGCUGCAGCACCAAUGUACUAGAGUCAUGUUGAGAAAUUUUAAUUUUGUUACUUUUCGUCUCCAAAUUUUGCAUGUUUUUGAGCAUGUCACAUAUUUGGUAGUCUGUACUUGUAAAUAGGCCCAAAUAACAACACUAACUUAGGACCACAUUGAAAAAUGUGGAGGUAUUGACACAUAAGCAGUAUAUAGUAACACAAGUCCACGAUUUGCCCCAUCUAAAGUUGAAACAUUUGCACUGGCUUCGACAUUUUGGUUCGACCAUUGAAAUGUUGCAGUUUACAAGGUGCUCCUUUUGUUUAUUGUUCUGUUGAUAUACCAUAAAUAAGGAUGAAUAGUGUGCGGAAGAGGAAACAUUGUGGCAAAGAUCUGAACACUUGAGUCCAUUAUCUAGCACACAUGUCUAGUCCAAGUAGAGUUAAUGUGAAGUGGAAAUUUUUUUUAUAACCUGUUGUAUAAACUACGUAGUAGUAUCUGUACUUUACACAUGUACGUAACUGUAAGUAAUGUCUAGUUGUAAAAUGAGUUGGUGCAAUCAAAACUAAUGUACUGAAGCUGUUAAGCUUCAGUGGUAGUGAGCUUACUAAGUGUAAAUACAUGCUUGUUGAACCCUUGUAUUUAAACAAUCAUGCUAUCAUGGCUUGAUAUUAUAUUACUAGUCUACAAAACUAUGUAACACCACAUGGUCAUAGACUGACUAGCAAGCAGUAACACGCUCUUUCAGUUCAAAAUUCCUUUUACAUGAUUGUGGUGUAUGUUAAUGUUCAUUCAUCAUGCAUACUAAGUAAAGGAAUCUACAGACCAGAAAUGAAUUUUUUUAAAUAUGUUUCCAGACUUUUUUUGGAAGUAGAUUCAUAGAUUUUUUUUAGGCCUGACUGACAUAAAAUCUUUUUUUUUCUCAGAAUACUUGUGGCUGUUGAUAAUAUAAUAAAUUAUGAAAACAGUAAAUAUAAACAGUGCAAUCAAUUAAUCAAUUCCUGGGAUUUUUUUUGUGAGCUGUCAUUUAGGGAGUUUUCUGUUGGAGGACCAAUUUCAUGUGUGGAAUAUAUUAGGGCUUUACGAAUGCCUAGGGGCGUGUUUAUUUUUUGCCAAACGUUCCGAUUUCUCAUUAGACUGCAAUAACAAGGUAUGCCUGCGCUAGCAAUUAUUACCUUGUCCGAAAGAGAAGUCUUUGCCCUAUUUAAGCCGGGCCACUCAGGACGCGUUUGACGGCGACGGCUGUCGACUUUGCGGGUCCCUAGUAUUUUGCGAGAGGUGUUAACCGGGGAGGGGCCUAGUGGGGUAUGGAAAAGCCCCCUCCAAGUGAAAAAAGGGGGUGUUCAAGAGCCAUCCUUCGAAAAAUAACUCUCUACAACAUUUUCAAGCUAGCCUUGAACUUAAAUGUUCACAGUAUAGUUUUGCUGAUUUAUCUUGAGAAAUUUGGAUAUUCUUAUUUAAAUCCAAGUGUAAAUUAUGUUCACGUUAUAAAAUGAAUAGGGGUCUAAAAUUUAAUGACAAGCAUUCGACAUACAUGUGCGGUGGUGAUAAAAGGGCUGGCGGCUAUUAAUUGAUGUGCUGAUGGUAUGUAUACAUGUACCUGAAACAAACCCAGCCAACCACGAAACAAUUACAAUGCUACAAAGUUUUAACACCCAGCAGGUCUGGAAAUUUUUUUCCGCGAAAAAUGUGUGGCAAGUAGGACUGUCUUGUUUUCGAUUAACAAAAAAAAAAGAAACUUGUCGUCUUGAAAGAUUGAACUGCACGCAAAUGUCUGUGCAGUCUCCAAGACUUGGAAGGAAGGAAAAAAAAACCCACAUCAUUUGUCCAUUCCUCCAACAGAAUGCAUGAGACAACCGUUUAUUGACAUGAGGUUCCAUUUUUUAAAGUACCGCUGUGUGACCAGCAGCUUAUUUGUAGGUGAAGUGUACUAAUCGAUUCAUGUGUUUCAUGUGAUUCACUCAGUGGUUUAUUGUUAGGUAGUAUCUAUUCAAGUGUUUUGUUGAUUCUAAGAAGAUCAAAUUGGUAAUAUUGAAAGAAUGUAGUUAUGAAUAUAAAGGUUUAUUUUUACACAAACGAGAUUCAUUUUGCCAGUAAUUUUUUUAUUUGGUUGUCAGUAUUUUACAAAUUGAAAGUAUAUCAGUCAAAACAAUCAUAUAAGGUCUUUCACUUUAUAGUGUUAAUAGUCUUGUUUUGCCUGGAUUCUUAUACUGUGCUGAGAUGUUUACCGUAUUUACAGAAUUUUGUUGAGAAUAUAUUUUUAUUUUAGUGAAAUUAUUUUCUGUGAAAAUUUUAGACUUGAAUCCCUCCACUGUAUAAAAAUGUUGUCCUAAAAUUGUUAUUUAUAUUGCUGUAGUAUAGAAUAAAUGCCAGUUAUUUAUGAAUUUCAGAAAUGUUAUGAUUAUGUGAAAAAUGUUUAUUUGCAAGUUUAUUUUACAUAGCAAUUAGGGAAUGGUGUGAAGAAACUGAAGAUUUUCGUGUUUCUAAAAUUUAUUUUUUUAUUAUUCAGUGGUUGUUUAGAAGUUUUGAAUAUAUGAUGUGAUUAUAACUUUCUUUUAUAUACAUGUAUAUUUUAUUCCAGAAUAGGUCAAGUAAAUGUAUGGUGGUUGUUAUUUUGUUUUGGUCUCAUGUGUUGCAAACUUGAGGAUAAGUUUGUUUUGAUACCUAUAUGUGAAUUGUUUUCAGAAAUACUUCGGUUUCACAUCAACCCAUCUCAGAGUAAAGAUCUGCUUAUGAAGUGUUGUUCUCUGAUUAUAUGUGACUAAGACAAUAAAGUUGCUGACAAGAA